AUGGACGAGAGGAGGCUCGUGGUACUGACGAUGCUAGUUGUGGUAGCUAAUACCUGGGAACACAUCAUUCGGCAUUGCGUUUUAAAAUCAAAGAUGUCACGUUUGGAUGAUGGUUGGUUCCGUGAAGAAAAUGAUCUUUGGGAUGGAUACAGUCUAUCAAUUAAGGUCGAUGAAGUUUUAUAUCAUGAAAAGUCAAAAUUUCAAGAUAUUUUGGUUUUCAAAAGUAAAACAUUUGGGAAUGUGCUGGUCCUAGAUGGGAUUAUUCAGUGUACAGAAAGAGAUGAGUUUGCCUAUCAAGAGAUGAUUGCUCAUCUGCCAUUGAAUUCUCAUCCUUCUCCAGAAAAUGUCCUCAUUAUUGGUGGAGGUGAUGGUGGUGUAGUCAGAGAGGUAGUAAAACAUCCGUCUGUGAAACGAGUUGUUUUGUGUGAAAUUGAUGAGGAUGUAGUAGAAAUCAGCAAGAAAUAUCUACCAGAUAUGGCUAUUGGUUUAUCUCAUCCCAAACUGGAAUUAUGCAUUGCUGAUGGAGUGGAUUAUUUGGCUAAAUCUCAUGGGGAAUUUGAUGUCAUCAUUACAGAUUCACCAGACCCAGUUGGACCAGCUGAAGGUCUCUUUGGAAUAACAUUUUAUCAACAUAUAAUGAAAGCCUUGAAGCCGGGAGGUAUUAUGUGCAAUCAAGGUGAAUGUCUCUGGUUAGACAAAGAUUUAAUCCAGCGUGUUCUAAAAACUUGUCGGACAGUAUUUCCAUGUGUUUCUUAUGCAUAUACCACCAUACCAACAUAUGCAGGUGGACAGAUUGGAUUCAUUUUAUGCAGCAAUACUGAAAAGAAUUUCUCAGAUCCUGUAAGGACUUGGUCAGAUAAUGAAAUUGAGUCCAUGGAUCUAAAAUAUUAUAACACACCCAUCCACAAAGCGGCUUUUGUUUUACCACAGUUUGCUCGGAAAGCACUUGGACUUUAA